CUUCUCAACCGCCAUGUUCAUUUCAUUGUUAUGUGUAAAAUAUUUGUCUGUGAAAUUUUCUGAACUUUUUAAACCAAUAUGAGACUGCAGAAUCACUAUUGGCGUUUUGUGUUAGCGAAUGGAAUAAAAAAUCAAUGUCAAAGCUGCAUUAUAUAAAUUCUCUACAGUUAAUUAUGAUUAUUUAUUAAGUACUCUAUUUUUUUACAUGGAUAUGUCUAGCACUUUGUUCCCAAUUUCAAAGAUGGGUGGAACUGUAGUUAAUAAUACCAAUCAAAGUGCUACUGCUACAAAAAUGCUAGGGGUUACUUCUCCAAUUAGUACAGCAAUGCCUAGGGAAGAAGAUCUUCGGAAGUCUAAAGAACUGGAAGAUGUUCUUCACCAGUAUAACCUUUUUGAAUCUGAUGAAGAAUUGUCUCAUAGGAUGGAAGUACUAAGCAAAAUCAAUGAACUUGUUAAGAUAUGGAUCAAAGAUAUUAGCUUAAAAAAGAACAUGCCUCCAAAUGUUGCUAAAAAUGUUGGUGGAAAAAUUUACACAUUUGGAUCAUAUAGAUUGGGUGUACAUACAAAAGGUGCUGAUAUUGAUACGCUAUGUGUAGCACCAAGACAUGUGGAAAGAACAGAUUUUUUUUCUUCCUUUGUUGAAUUAUUAAGAGAACAACCAGAAGUGAAAGAUUUGCGGACUGUUGAAGAAGCUUAUGUUCCUGUAAUCAAGAUGACAUUUGAUGGAAUUGAGCUUGACAUGUUAUUUGCUAGACUAGCUUUGAAAGACAUUCCAGAGAACCAAGAUUUAAGAGAUGUUUCUCUCUUAAAGAAUUUGGAUCCAAAAUGUGUGAGAAGCCUGAACGGUUGCCGUGUUACUGAUGAAAUACUGCAUUUGGUACCAAAUCGUGAAAGCUUUCGAUUAGCACUACGUUGUAUAAAGCUCUGGGCUAAAAAACAUGGUGUUUAUUCAAAUGUACUGGGUUAUUUGGGUGGUGUGUCAUGGGCUAUGCUUGUUGCGAGAACCUGCCAGUUAUAUCCUAAUGCUGCAGCUGCUACUCUUGUUCAUAAAUUUUUUCUUGUGUUUUCUCAAUGGCCAUGGCCCAAACCUGUUUUGCUCAAACAACCUGAAGAAAAUAAGCUAGGUUUUGAUGUAUGGGAUCCACGUAUAAAUGUAGGUGAUCGUUUUCAUCUCAUGCCUAUAAUCACUCCUGCAUAUCCUCAUCAAAAUUCCACAUUCAAUGUCUCAUUAUCAACUAGGUCCAUAAUGCAAGAGAGCUUUAAAGAAGGACUUACAGUUGUUGAUAACAUCAUGAAAGGCAAAGAAGGAUGGUCAAAGUUAUUUGAGCCUACAAAUUUUUUUAUGAAAUAUAAGCAUUUUAUUAUUUUGACAGCAACAGCUCCUACAAAAAAAGAGCAUCUUGAAUGGUAUGGUUUAGUUGAAUCUAAAAUUAGGAUACUCAUUUCUCAUUUGGAAAGGCAUCCCAACAUCAAUUUAGCUCAUGUAAAUCCUGAAGCUCAUACUCCAUUAGAAGUGGAAGAAGAUUCAUACCAGUCUAUGUGGUUUAUGGGAUUGCAGUUUUCAAAAACUGGAAAUGUAAAUGUUGAUCUGACUUAUGAUAUUCAAGCUUUUACAGAUUCUAUUACAAGGCAAGCUACAAGCAUCAAUGUGUAUCGAAGAGGAAUGAAAAUUGAAACUAAGCAUGUCAAAAGGAAAGAUUUGUGUAAAUUUUUGCCUGCAUCUCUAUUAGGAAAAAACAAGAAAAAAGAGAAAGAAAAAAGUGGAACUUUGAACUCCACUUUGAAUGAAAACAAAUCUCCAAAAUUAUCAAUGGAAACUAAAGUAUCAGAUGAUACUCAGUUGAAUGAUUCUGACUCUUCAAAUGCUGAAAGUGCUACAAAGAAGAGGCCAUUAUCUGAAGAUGCUGAUGAUACUUCAAAUUCAAAACGCAAGUCCUUUGAUUUUAAUUGUUCUCCUAUUUUGGGCCAAAAGGAUAUUGAGCUUCCAUUUUUAGAAAACAGGGCAAAUGAUUCUGCAACUGAUGAUUCUCAGACUUGUAUAAUACUUCCUUGUGACGAUAGCAGUUCUCCGGUUCAGAAGGCUGGUUCGGAGAUGGAUGAUAGUCUUGAUUCUGAAAUGAAGAAAGAAACUGCACCUUCAAUUUCAGAUUCUUCUGGUGAUAAUGUUGAUAAUGAAGAAUCUAAACUGAAUGGAGUAAACAACACAUCCAAUGACCAAAUUCCUGGCAUAUGUGAAAAUUCUGAUGCAUCAACACAAGAAAUCAGUAUGACCUCUUGAACACAGAAGCAGAAGAGUUUCAUGGUGAUUCACUUUUUGCUGGGUUCUUCCAUGUAGGUUCUGUGGAUGAACGAGCGCCUGUAUUGACACAAGGAACCGGAAGAAAGCGGAGGCAGUCAAAAUUUAUGUAUAUUUAGUUAUUAUCUUUUUUUAUAUAUAUAAAAAAAUUGAAGCAAAGGCAAUGAUAUCACACAGUAAAAGUAUUAUUUUAGAUUUGGGGUCAGAGAGAAACUUUGUUGAAGACUUAGUUGUAACUUAACAUACAAACUAACAGAAAAAUUAUCUUGAAUAAGAGGGAGAUUUUAAUUCUUCUCAAACAUUUUCUGGAUAGCUCAUAUUGUAAAUUUAGGGAACUUGCUCUAACUUCACAAUACAUGUAUAUAGCAGCAUGUAAAAUAAAAAAAGGCUUGAAAUUCAUUCCCGCAUAUAUUCACAGAGCACAAUUCUCUCCCAGUUCAUUUUUACAACUCAGAUUUUUAAUAUGUAUAUGUAACAUUGCAAAAACAUAUUACAAUUUCUAGUAUAUAUUUUUUUCUAUGAUGGAAGAUUCAUUCUGAAUAAGAGCAAGGAUUCAAUUAGCAUUAUUUAAAUUAUUAAGUUUUAGCCAUCUUGGCUCAUUGAUUUUUUAAUUACAAGUAUUUGUUCUCAAUAUUUCAGUGUUGAAAAGGAAAUUUGUAUUAUUUUCCCCAAUAGAUUAGUAUUCAAAGUUAUUCAGGCUUUCCCAUGCAAUGUUUCAAAUGUCUUUGCCAGAAAUAAAACGUUUUUAGAGC